AUGAGGUCGCUCAGCACUGUUGCGUCCCGCCGCUUCGCCGGUGUCGCAACGAUCCGAAAGUUCUCAAGCGCUUCCAAUGCGCGACUGACAAGGCUUGGCGCGAAAGUCAACAUCGACGCCCACGGUGGAGACCCUCGGUAUCGCAACUUCAGCACAUCCAACAAAGCACUUGAAGGUUUCGCAUUCAACCCGUUCACCAAGACACUUCCGUUCCGCAAGCCACUUCCGUUCUUCAGCGCGAAGUGCCUCGGAAUCAAAGACGCAGACUUCGCAUGGUUCACGGCCCUCAACGUCGCCGUCCGUACCCAGAGGAACAGAGUCUACCUGUCACAUCCCGACCGCACCCCGCGUGCCGUUUUGCACGACUACCAACACACCCUGCGUGUCGUCGCCGACGCCGAGUGGAUUCUGCGGAAAGAACAGAGGACGCAUCAAUGGGCUCGGGACAUUGAUUCCACACUCCUGUGGGUAUUAUGCAUGACGCACGACAUCACCCACGACAUGAGUGACGCAUGGUAUCUCUCCUCAGACGAGAAGCGGAAUCAAUGGCAAGUCGUACGCGAGUUCUUGAGGGCAGCGGGAUGCCCGCCCAACAUCAUUUGGCAGGCAUCUUGUCUCGCUGCCCGCCUCUCCGGUGCUAUUCAGCUUGGUGAGCAAGGGUUCACCGUUACCAACUUCUCUCACGAGCAGCCCAUCCACCGCAUCUUACGUGAUGCAUAUCACCUCCAACGACUGGGCGCUGUGGGCGUGGCUCGAUAUUUCUAUUUCCAUGGUAUGAAUGAAGGAUACAGGGAGCCUGGGGUUGGUUUUGAUGUCAGCUGUCUGCGGCAUAUGCAUGGCGGGCAGUACGUCGAGCGGAUGACGACAGAGACCGGGGCGGAAAUGGCGAGGCAGCGGUAUAUGUGGACGACACAGAAGUUUCUGAAUGGGUGGGAUGCUGAGAAUGAUGUGGGCUCUGUUGUGACGGGGCGAGGGUUCAGGUAG